AUGUAUCGCGUAGCUGGACUAGCGGCACUGUCCCUUGCGGCCUUGACCGUGAACGCAGCUCCCGUUGAGCAUGUGCACCCCACUGUCGACCAUCUGGCUAAACGCACUCUGCAAAGCCGCAAUGUUGACCUCAAGGUUUCCACUUGGAAGCCAACUGCUCUUGGUACCUCCAGCACCCUCUCAAAAUCUGGAGGCGCUAUGAGCCUGAGCAAGGUUAACACAAACCGUGCCAACCCCCGCAGCGCGGCGUACCUGAAAGGAUUGACUGGUAAAAGCACAACCAGCUCAGGCAGCGGUGGACUCAUCUCCCUAUUUGAAGGAGAAGAGUUUGCCACAUCCAUCACCUUUGGCACCCAGACUUUUGAUGUCAUUGUCGAUACUGGCUCCAGUGAUACUUGGGUCGUCAAGGAGGGCUUUGAGUGCAUUGACCUUGAUACUGGCGACAAGACAACAACCGCCACUUGUGAAUUCGGCUCCACUUACACUGUUGAUAGCACCUUCUCCAAGAUCUCUGGAGAAGAGUUUGAGAUUGAGUAUGGUGACGGUGAAUACCUGUACGGCUACUUGGGCACCGAGACUGUGACUCUUGCCUCCAUUACUGUGGACCAGGAGAUUGCUGUCGUCACCGAGGCUGCCUGGGAGGGAGAUGGCACUACCUCUGGACUGACUGGUCUUGCUUAUCCUGCACUGACGAGUGCUUACAACACCAAGACUGACGAUCAGGAAGUCUACAACCCGAUUUUCACAACCAUGUACAAGGACGGCUUGAUUGACUCCUACUUCAGUCUGGCUAUUCUGCGUGAUGUCUCUGGUGCUGCAGGCUACCUGACUCUUGGUGGCUUGCCCCCGGUUAACUUCACUGAAGAUUGGACGACCACCGACAUUCUUGUUACUACGAUUGAGGGAUACUCAGAUGCCUACGACUUCUACACCAUUAACAUUGACUAUGUGUCAAUCAACGGUGUGGAGGUUUCUGGAUCGGGUGGCUCCACUUAUCAGUACAUCGUCGACUCCGGAACGACUUUGAACUACUACCCCACCUCUGUGGCUGCUGCCGUAAAUGCUGCCUUCAGCCCUGCUGCUGUCUAUAGCGAUGACGAGGGUGCUUACGUUGUUGACUGCGAUGCUACUGCCCCAACUCACACUAUCACUAUUGGUGGUACCGCUUUCACCAUUAACCCGCUUGAUAUGAUCCUUUAUGCUGGCACUGAUGAUGAUGGAAAUGCUGUCUGUAUCACCGGUAUUGAGGACGGUGGUGAUGAUGCGACUGAGGAUAUUUUCAUUCUUGGUGAUACUUUCCAGAAGAACGUGAUCACUGUCUUCGAUGUCGGCGCUGUUGAGCUCAAGUUUGCACCACACGUGGAUUAUACCUCCAACGACACUUACUAG